AUGCGCCUGUGGUCGGAUAUACCUUCUUCUGCCCGGCUUAUGGGUUACUACGUCCGAUUUGGUGUACGACCAUCCAUCUGGUCGUGUGAGGGAGGACGACCAUCCAUCUGGUCGUGUGAGGGAGGACGACCAUCCAUCUGGUCGUGUGAGGGAGGACGACCAUCCAUCUGGUCGUGUGAGGGAGGACGACCAUCCAUCUGGUCAUGUGAGGGAGGACGACCAUCCAUCUGGUCAUGUGAGGGAGGACGACCAUCCAUCUGGUCGUGUGAGGGAGGACGACCAUCCAUCUGGUCGUGUGAGGGAGGACGACCAUCCAUCUGGUCAUGUGAGGGAGGACGACCAUCCAUCUGGUCAUGUGAGGGAGGACGACCAUCCAUCUUGUCGUGUGAGGGAGGACGACCAUCCAUCUUGUCGUGUGAGGGAGGACGACCAUCCAUCUGGUCAUGUGAGGGAGGACGACCAUCCAUCUGGUCAUGUGAGGGAGGACGACCAUCCAUCUUGUCGUGUGAGGGAGGACGACCAUCCAUCUGGUCGUGUGAGGGGGGACGACCAUCCAUCUGGUCGUGUGAGAGGGACGACCAUCCAUCUGGUCGUGUGAGGGAGGACGACCAUCCAUCUUGUCGUGUGAGGGAGGACGACCAUCCAUCUUGUCGUGUGAGGGAGGACGACCAUCCAUAUUGUCGUGUGAGGGAGGACGACCAUCCAUCUGGUCGUGUGAGGGAGGACGACCAUCCAUCUGGUCGUGUGAGGGAGGACGACCAUCCAUCUGGUCGUGUGAGAGAGGACGACCAUCCAUCUGGUCGUGUGAGGGAGGACGACCAUCCAUCUGGUCGUGCGAGGGAGGACGACCAUCCAUAUGGUCGUGCGAGGGAGGACGACCAUCCAUCUGGUCAUGUGAGGGAGGACGACCAUCCAUCUGGUCGUGUGAGGGAGGACGACCAUCCAUCUGGUCGUGUGAGGGAGGACGACCAUCCAUCUGGUCGUGUGAGGGAGGACGACCAUCCAUCUGGUCGUGUGAGGGAAGACGACCAUCCAUCUGGUCGUGUGAGGGAGGACGACCAUCCAUCUGGUCGUGUGAGGGAGGACGACCAUCCAUUUGGUCGUGUGAGGGAGGACGACCAUCUAUCUUGUCGUGUGAGGGAGGACGACCAUCCAUCUGGUCGUGUGAGGGGGGACGACCAUCCAUCUGGUCGUGUGAAGGAGGACAACCAUCCAUCUGGUCGUGUGAGGGAGGACGACUAUCCAUCUGGUCGUGUGAGGGAGGACGACCAUCCAUCUGGUCGUGUGAGGGAGGACGACCAUCUAUCUUGUCGUGUGAGGGAGGACGACCAUCCAUCUGGUCGUGUGAGGGAGGACGACCAUCCAUCUGGUCGUGUGAGGGAGGACGACCAUCCAUCUGGUCGUGUGAGGGAGGACGACCAUCCAUCUGGUCGUGUGAGGGAGGACGACCAUCCAUCUGGUCGUGUGAGGGAGGACGACCAUCCAUCUGGUCGUGUGAGGGAGGACGACCAUCCAUCUGGUCGUGUGAGGGGGGACGACCAUCCAUCUGGUCGUGUGAAGGAGGACAACCAUCCAUCUGGUCGUGUGAGGGAGGACGACCAUCCAUCUGGUUAG